AAGCCACCGUUUUAGACUCUUAAACGCAUGCGUCUUAACUAAGCCAAAAAUCGCUCUUACCAUUUACACCUCUUUCCUCAAAAACCCUAGAUCUCUUCUCUCUCUCUUUCUUUCGUCUUGCCUUUUAGGAAGCUUCCCGUAAUUUAUACAUCACUUUAACUAGAUUACUCUCCUUCUUUCUUUAUUUACUCAGCUUCACCGUCACGACGAGAUACUCGUUUUGCCAGAUCUGUAGUGUUUCACUCUUCGCUUGCCUCUUAAAACCUUCACAUUUAUGAUCUGUGUGAAGGAAGCUAUGAGCUGUGUUUGAUAGCGAGGAAGUUAAAAGGGGAAAAUAAAAAACUUGUUUUUUUCUCGAGAUAAUUGCUUCUUCUUCCUUAACUGUUGCCACCAAUGGCAAUGCCGCCAGGAAAUGUUACUCCUUCUGAUAAAUUACAGUUUCCGCCCGUCGCCGUCGCCGCCGGAAGUUGGAUCCCCGACGGGCGAGACGGAUUCAUCUCGUGGAUUCGCGGGGAGUUCGCUGCAGCUAACGCGAUCAUCGAUUUACUCUGUCAACAUCUAGUAGCAACUGGGGAUCACAACGAAUACGAAGCUGUGAUCUCGAGCAUCCGGCACCGUCAAUUAGGCUGGUCUCAAGUUACUUAUAUGCAGCAGUUUUUCCCAAUCGCAGAGAUUUCUCACACUCUACAGCAAGUUGCUUGGAAGCGGCAACAGAAAAUGCUUCAUCAGCAUCCUCAAAGGCAUUACAAUUCUGAUCAGACUGGUAAAUUUGGAGGAAGGAGAUCAGGGACUGGGUUUAACAAGCAUCAUCAUGGUGGUGGUUACAGAGGAGCUGAAUCAAUGGCGAGAAACGGGCAUCAUUCUAAUUCGGAUUGCCACAGCAUUGAUCGUGUUGAGAAUGGGGAGGAAGCUAAGCCUGCAAGUGAUGAUAAGGCAUUAUCUGUUGCAGAGGACAAGAGAGAUGGUAGCGAGAAACCAAAGAGCGAUCGUAAAGAUAUGGAAGAAUCUGAGGCCAGCUCGUGUACUAAAGAUAACAGUCUCAGGUCUGAGGCAAAGCAGGACGAGAAAUAUAAAGACUGUUCUGCAAGCAUGGCUAGGACUUUUGUUGUCGAAGAGAUGUUUGAAGCGAAAAAGGUUAAUGUUGUGGAAGGACUGAAGCUAUAUGACACAAUUGUUGACGCCAUGGAAGUUUCUCAACUAGUUUCUCUUGUAAACAAUCUGAGACUUUCUGGAAGAAGAGGUCAACUUCAAAGUGAGGCAUAUGUUGGUUAUAAACGGCCAAAUAGAGGGCAUGGACGUGAAAUGAUCCAACUCGGUCUCCCCAUAGCUGAUACGCCGCCUGAUGAUGAGAGUAUCAAAGAUCGAAGAAUAGAGCCAAUCCCAUCAUUUCUCUCAGACAUCAUUGAACGUUUGGUGUCAAAGCAGAUCCUACCUGUGAAACCAGACGCCUGCAUCAUUGAUUUCUUCAACGAGGGAGAUCAUUCGCAGCCUCAUAUGUUUGUUCCCUGGUUUGGACGACCCGUAGGCAUCUUGUCCUUGUCGGAAUGCGAUCUCACAUUCGGAAGAGUCAUUGUCUCUGAUUAUCCCGGCGACUACAAGGGCUCUCUCAAGCUGUCUCUCACUCCCGGAUCGGUUCUUGUGGUGGAAGGCAAAUCCGCAGAUCUUGCCAAGUUUGCAAUUCACUCAAUCCGAAAGCAGCGGAUACUCAUCACUUUCACCAAGUCUCAACCAAGAAACUCCAUGACCGGUUCUAACCGGGGUCCACCGGCUAGCAGAUCGCCGAAUCACCACAACCGUCACUCAACCGGUCCACCUAAACCUUACCCGGUUAUCUCGACCACAGGUGUCUUGCCCACACCGUCUCACCGGCCACCAAACGGAACUGUUCAGCCGAUUUUCAUCGCUCCUUCUCCUCCGCUCGCUCCUCCAAUGCCGUUCCCAGGUGGUGUCCCGCCGGGGCCAACGAGCUGGCCACUGCCACAUCAUCCACGACCACCACAGCCUCGUAUGCCCAUCCCUGGAACCGGUGUGUUCCUCCCACCCGGUUCAGCUCAAGAACUGGUUUUACAAGGCUCCCCAGAGAAAUCCAACAACAGCAACGGAAGCAACUCUGCGGAAGGAAAGUUGGACUUGAAGACGAAAGAAGACGCUUGUAACGGAGAUGCUGCAGAGGAAUGCCAUGGCAAUAGCGGUUGCAGUGACGACGGUAAACAGAGCAAUUAGUUGAAGAAGAGAUGAUAUCUAUCUAUAUAUAACACCAUAUCUACUUUCGUUUUUUUUUGCUGAAUUUUUUUAUAGGAAAAAAAUCUCAUCAAACUAUUGAAGGUACUUAAAAAGAUGUAAUGGAUGGUUCAGACCGAGAAAUUCCAAUGAAGAUUCACAACAUUAUUCACCCUCCUAAAA